CCCAACACGCCGAGAUGGCACUAAGAAAACAAGAUUCAAUAGAGAGCAGGUCUGAUUCUUCUGCUGAAGAAUCGGAUCGUCUCGACAACGACCACUCUCGCAAGAGACGCCGCACGUCGCCGACUGCCGACAACAAAUUUGACGACAGCGAUAGCGAUGACGGCGAUGGCGGCGCAAAGAUAACCAGCGUAUUUUCUUCUAUUGCAGCACCGUCUAGAGUCAAGGCCAAAACUGCGACCAAGGUGUCAGAAAAGAAACUAGAUACUGCAGGCUCGACGCCAACCGGCGUCCUCGCCCCGACCGACCCCAACACUACAUUCUCAGCGCUCAAUGUGAAGCCAUGGCUUGUCCAGUCGCUCGCAAACAUGGCGAUUAGACGGCCUACUGGCAUUCAGAAGGGAUGUAUACCGGAAAUCCUGAAAGGAAGAGACUGCAUUGGUGGCAGUCGAACCGGUUCCGGUAAAACUGUGGCUUUUGCCGUGCCCAUUCUGCAAAAGUGGUCUGCGGACCCUACGGGCAUCUUUGCCGUCGUUUUGACACCGACAAGAGAGCUUGCUCUACAGAUAUACGAACAAUUCAAGGCUAUAUCCUCACCACAGGGCCUCAAGGCAGUCUUGAUUACAGGCGGAGCGGACCAGCGUGCCCAGGCCAUUACUCUGGCGCAGCGUCCCCACGUUGUCAUUGCGACGCCUGGCCGCCUGGCAGACCACAUCAGAACAUCCGGCGAGGAUACUGUUUGCGGAUUGCGAAGGGUUAAAUUUGUGGUACUUGAUGAGGCGGAUCGUCUCCUACAUGCUGCCGGACCGGGAAGCAUGCUCCCAGACGUGGAAGAGUGCUUGUCAAUCCUCCCUCCUGCUACCGAACGCCAGACGUUACUCUUCACAGCCACAAUUACACCAGAAGUGCGAGCUCUCAAAAACAUGCCCAUCAAGCCAGGAAAGCAGCCAGUCUUUGUAUGCGAGGUGGAUACGCAGAUGCUAGCCAUCCCCGCCACGCUCACCCAAAAGCACAUCCAGAUCCCCGUUACACAUAAGGAACACUACCUGCACGUGUUCCUCUUGACCGAGGCCAAUGUCAACAAGACAGUCAUUAUCUUCUGCAACCGCACAUCCACAGCAGAGUUUCUCCACCAUCUCCUCCGCCUUCUCGAACACCGCGUCACCUCUCUUCACUCCAAGCUGCCGCAGCGCCAGCGUAUCGACAACCUCGGCCGUUUCCGUGCAUCAGCUGCUCGCAUCCUCGUGGCCACUGACGUUGCUGCCAGAGGUCUCGAUAUCCCCGAAGUCAGCUUGGUAAUAAACUAUGAUAUUCCCCGCGACCCCGAUGACUAUAUCCACAGAGUCGGUCGUACUGCUCGUGCUGGUCGCUCCGGUGAGGCCGUAACGCUUGUUGGCCAGCGAGAUGUCGACCUCGUGCUUGCAAUUGAGAAGCGCGUAGGCAGAGAUAUGGAAGCAUGGUCUGAAGAAGGUGUCAACUUGGAGACUAGAGUCAUUCGCGACGCCCUCAAGAUUGUUAGUGAGAAGAAGCGUGAGGCCUUGUUGGAGGUGGAAGAGGGCAAGGAAGUGGGUGGCAAGCGGAAGCGAAUCAAGCAGAAGCUCAGAGCAGAAUAGAUAUUAUAGAAUGCCAGCGAUGUCCUUUACAACAUUUCUGCCGUGCUUGCUGUGUCCGUGAGUUCGGUAUUAUAUGCGCUCUCUGUGUUAAACAAAACUACACUACACUUGAUAUUCGUAACUCAACUUGAACGGACAAACCUGGAGUGUGUAUUGCAACAGGCUGGGCUCACAUCUUAACUUAUAAUGGUUUCAUUCCAUAAAUAAAUUUAAACUAAUAGAUAAUUG